AUGGCGGCCGCACAUGCCAGUUCCAAUUCCAAGGCCACACCACCAGCAACAACACCGCCAACAGCAUCAGCAUCAGCAACCUCCGAACUACAAUCCUCUCUCCGCGAACUCUCCCUCGCCAAUAAAAGCCCCAUUAAAGAUAUUCCCCGACCGACUCCCCCCACCUCUGUCCCCAAACAACACCAUCACACGGUGAAGAAGAAGAAAGAGCCCGCUCCCGUCGCCGACUCCUGGGAAGAUGAAGUAGACUCGGCCUCCGCCUCUGACCCCGAAGGAGGAGCAGCCGACAUCUCAUCCACCUCCCCCGCUACCUCCUCCCGCUUCGCCAGCCCCGCAUUGUCACCUUCUAUCCGUUACACUGAAGGCCCCUUGGACCCCCCACCCACGCCCAUCUCACCGCAGACGUCUGCAUCGCAGCCGCCGUGGCCUACUUAUGGUGGACGAUCAGAGGCGAGAUCGCCGGCGAGGAGGCCGGAGAAGCAGACGGCUGUAGCGGGGAGGAUGAUUGCGGGGGCGCUGGGAAUUCGGGCGCCCAAGCGCACGGAGGAGCAACGGGCGUAUGACCGCGCGGUGAAAGAGCAAGAGAUUAAGCGGCGGAAUAAGGAAAAGGAGGAGGCGGCGAAGGCGAAGGAAGAGGAAGAGAAGGCUAAGGCGGCAGUGUGGGACAUGUGA